GUAGUAGCUCAGCAGCACGAGGACAACUUUCAGCGACUUCUACAGAUUCUGGGUUACACGAGUAUACGCUCUCCCGGACUUCCUAGAGACGAAAGAACGGAUUCCAUGACCGAAGAGGAGGAGUUCAAGGAUUCAUUAGAAAUGUUUGAAGAAGGGGGCAGUGACCCACGGAAUCGGGCAAGGAAUAUGCUUGCGCCUAGCAAUAGCAGUGUCGUCGAUAUGGAUGACAACCGCAGUAUCAGAACAGCAACGCUGUCUGAAAUUGACGAUAAAAGUGUACGCGAUCACCCAAUGUCUUCACAGGCUUCCAUUGCUCAUUCUGUUGCGCACUCGGUCGCUCAUUCGAUUGCUCAUUCUGAAGCAAGCACAACAAUAUCAGUGGCUCACAGCACGGCUGCUAGCGUAAUUGAAAGAGAAAGAGAGAGAGAGGCAGCAGCAGCAGCUGCUGCGAAGGCAGACAAACAGGUGUAUCAGGUGCCUCAGAUGACACCUGAUGGACGGAUCUUUUUUGCGGAUUCUGAAACUAGAUCGUCUAGCUGGGCUCUUUCUUUUCGACCAACGACCGGUGCGAGUUCUUUAAUGCCAAGUGCGAAUCUCUCGUCAUCCAAAUUGCCUAUGUCGGAUAUAGCUCGGCGACGCCUGAGCUAUACGACAGGCUUUCGGCCUCCCACUACGGACCCGGAUGAUGUGGCCGUUGCACGCAAGGUCAGCAUACCCCUAAGUUUACGCUCGGAAAGCAGUGCAAGCAGCACGCCCAGCACAUCCACAGCCGCCCUUGCUAGCGGUGUCAGUGUGAAACGCAAAGCGUCAGCCCAUAGUCGAACAUGCUCCAUCGCUUUUGGCGGCACGGAGCUGGAAAUGUUUCCCCCGGAGAAGCCUGUUUGUCUUCAAAAUCUCUACAACCUGAUGACUGCUUUGUGUUCAGAUCUUCACGUGUUUGUGAAGGACAACGACUUGGAGCAGACACAUGCAACUGCCAGUAAGCUUCGUGCGUUGUCAUUCGAUCUUUUCGUCCGCUCUGGUUUCUUCCAUUUCAUGUACUCAGACAGAGAUGAAGCCCAAAGUGCAAUGGUCAGAACUCACUUCCGCCAUACUUUCUCGCAAAUGAGUAAACUGAUACUGAUGGCUGACUCAUGCCUCAGUUACAACAAACCCCGUGACUACCUUGAUUACCUGCUAAAGGUUGGCCACUCUGUCAAGCUGCAUGUGCAAGAGUUCGUCACGUAUUGUGCGGGCAUUGCUGCGACUCUUCCAGCUAAGGUUCUUCCAGCUUUCGUUGAGAACGCAGUUCGAGGAGGUGAGUGGUCUACUAAUGAUUCUAAAAAUUGCUCUUCCCGACACCAGUGGUCUCUUCUUUCCUCGGCUUACAUUGCCUCGUUAAGUGAUUUGUUUUUUGGUUUUGAAAGAAUGGGUAACAACCUUUCUGACACAAUGAGCAUUGCCGGGAACAACGAGGAUGCAUUGGUGCAACCUACAAUCGCCUUGUUGCACAGUGGCCACAGCAUUCUUUCUCACAUGGAAACUCUUGACCUUGGUCCUUUCAUUCAUCACGCCUCCUCUCACGUCCGGACCAUGGCGACAGACUUUUUGGACUGUAAGCAAUAUUGCUACAAUCUUUUGACCGAUCUUUUUAUGAAACUGCAAACAUGCGUUCAUGAUUCGGAUACCCUUUCUCAUCAACUCACCUCUCUGAACAAUACAUUCCGUAGUGCUGUUGUCACACUGAACAUUUUAGAGCAAGAACGCCCGACUUCCCUUGACCCAGUCAUUGUGGAGCGUUCAUCGUUCCAAAGCUCGGAGGACCAGCCUAUCGACUCAUUGCUAAUGUCACCCAUGGAGAAAUGCUGUUCCCGUGAUACUGAUUUGUCCCUCACUCGCUUCCAGCAUCUUCGUGACAGUGAUGCCUCCUCUCCUUCGUUAUCAAGCGCUGACACUCCCCGUCCUGGCAGUUCAAUGGAUGACGAUCCCAUGGCUCAACCUUGGUACUUGCUUGACAGCAAUGAUGGCGAUCUUGUCUAUAAUCGCAAAAACCUGAUCAAGGCAGGUACUUUGGAGGCUUUAAUCUAUUUCCUUGUAAAGCACAUUCGUUCUAGACGCACAUUCACCAAAGUGUUUUUCUUCACUUAUCCCACAUUUACCAGCUCCAUUGAUCUAUUCCGAGCUCUGCGCGACCUGUAUUUGAUUCCUCCUCCAGAGGGCUUGUCUACGUCUGAAUACAGCGUUUGGAUAUCGCAUCGUAAGAAGCCAUUGCAGGAGAACGUAUGCUUUGCCUUGCAGGAAUGGCUUCAAAAAUACUUUGCUGAUGAUAUUUCGCCGCCGGUGGCAGCGCGGUUGUUCUCCGAAAUUCGCGCAUUCAUUAUCCAAAUGGUGCAAUCAACCUUUCCCUCUGCUCAGGAAAUUCUGAAGCAACUCGAUGAGUUAUCUGUUCCUGACCGCAACAUUGUCCGUGAGCAGCGUCUUAUGGUCCGUCCCGCAAAGCCGAAUUACCGCGUUGCAUUGUUGGAGUUGGAGCCCGACACACUUGCCGAACAAUUCUCUUUAAUUGAGCAUUCCAUCUUUUGCGCUAUUCUCCCUCAUGAAUUUCUUAAGAAAUCUUGGAGAAAGAGUGCUUCUGAUACCCAGCAUCAUAUGAUACGCCAUAGCAUUGCGUUCUCCAACAGUUUCGUUUACUGGAUAAUCAACUCUGUUUUGACUCGUCCUAACUUGGAGGAACGAAUUGCUGCCCUUCGUUUCUUCAUCGCCUUCGGUAUUAAGUGCCUGAACAUGAACAAUUUCUCCGCAGUUGUUUCCGUAAUUUCUGCUCUUGAUUCUGCACCCAUAUAUCGCUUGCGCUCUUGUUUCGGAGCACUCGAUGCUUCUGAUAAAGCUCAUCUUCAGGGCUUGCGAGAAAUCGUCGAUUCCCGGAAGAACUUCAAAACGUAUCGUACGCUCCUCAAGCGUGCAAGACCUCCAUGCGUUCCCUUUUUGGGUGUCUUGUUGUCGGAUCUUACUUUUAUUGACGAUGGCAUGCCGGACAUGUUGAACGAUUCUCAGUACUUCAUUAAUUUCGGUAAGCGCCAUCGCCAAUACGAAGUCAUUGCUGAUAUUAUAUGGUUGCAAUCAACUGAUUAUGGGUUUACACCUUUGCCAGACUUGCAGGCGUAUAUGAUGAAGUCCUUCAGAAAUGCGAACCAGGAUGUUACAUCUCUUUACGACUUGUCACUUGCAGUUGAGCCCCGACAAUAAGGUGUUUUUUUAAUUCCCUUUUUUGUUUCUCCCCUAACGACCCACAUAUCUUGUCCCUGUUCUUACCACUUAAUUGCCUCUUCUGGAUUUCCUUUUUGGUGCUUAUUUCAUUUUUGCGUUCUUUGUAUGUCUAUAAUAAUAUGUAUGGAUUUUCGUCAUAUAAAUGGUUGAGAGCGAAAUUGGUAAUUCUUUCUGGUCGAUUAGUUUUAUGU